AUGGUACUUGCCCGCGUGGCCAACUUCUUCACCAACGGAGACUCGACCAGCAAUCUCACCGAUGGUAGCCGGAGGAAUGUCGCAAAUACACAAAAAGUGGUCGAACUACCCAUGGAGGAUACCAAGCGGAGAGCAAUCGAGGCCGAGGAUGAGGUAGACCAUGAAGCAGCCCGGCCGCCAUAUCUACAUGCAAUGCUGGCAGGAGGUAUAGGCGGUACAACAGGAGACAUGCUGAUGCAUUCACUGGACACUGUCAAGACACGGCAACAGGGCGACCCGCAUAUGCCACCAAAGUACACUUCGAUGGGGAAUACCUACUACACCAUAUGGCGGCAGGAAGGUUUCAGAAAGGGCUUAUACGGAGGAGUACAGCCAGCAUUCCUCGGAUCGUUCACUGGCACAGUAUGCUUCUUCGGAGCCUACGAAUGGACCAAGCGCACCAUGAUUGACAUGGGCGUCACCCCAUCAGUCGCAUACUUUUCAGCCGGUCUCAUCGCCGACCUCGCAGCCGCACCCGCAUACGUUCCAUCUGAAGUGCUCAAAACGCGACUCCAAUUACAAGGACGCUACAACAAUCCCUACUUCAACUCAGGCUACAACUACCGCUCUACCAUCGACGCCGCCCGCACCAUCGCUCGCACUGAAGGCUACAGCGCCCUCUUCCACGGCUACAAAGCCACUCUCUGGCGCGACCUCCCCUUCUCCGCCCUCCAAUUCGCUUUCUACGAGGAAGAGCGCGCAUGGGCAAAAUCCUACAUGGGCUCAAAUAACAUCGGCCUUCCCCUUGAAAUCGCUACCGCCGCAACCGCAGGCGGCAUGGCUGGCGUAAUGACAACCCCCCUCGACGUAGUAAAAACUCGCAUCCAAACCCAACACAACGGCCCGUCGCCGAGUAGUAGUGCGCCGACAGCACCGAAAACGAACCUCACAUCGUCGUCGUCGAAACACGCAACAUCACAGAAGCCGAAAUCAAAAUCAACACAAAUCAGACCCAUUUCCACGUCCUCGCCUUCUACAACGCUAAAAGCUCACAAUGCCGCUACCUUGGAUACAUCGUCUGUGAUAACCGGUCUCAAGAUUAUAUACAAAACUGAGGGAAUAGCCGGUUGGUUUAGAGGUGUGGGGCCCCGCGCUGUCUGGACGAGCGUUCAAUCUGGUACUAUGCUCGUCUUAUAUCAGACGCUCUUGCGGUAUUUUGAACAACAUCCACUCUCACGGACAGGAGAGGAUGUGUGA